ACGUAGUCGUACGUACGGAAACCGAUCGGAUGCUACCAUUUAGUGUUUACUUCGCUUCUAUCAUCGCGGGAGAACUUUUUUAGUCACGACGACGGUGGAAGAUAACGCAGCCCUGCAGAAAUGGGCUGGCCGGUUUUGGUUUUAUGGGGCCUAACGAUCGUGGCCCUGGUGACGGCUUAUCGGAUACCGGAUAUUGAAGAAUCGGCACCUUUUCAAAAACACAUUCCACCUUCGUAUGUUCCCUCGUUUCAACGAUACUCCGUCGAGAAGCUUCCAUACUCACAGAAUUAUCAACUGAACCAACUCGAAUUUGGAUCUCAACGCUUACCACUGCGAAGCGCGGUUGAGGCUUUGCCGGAUACCACCGGUCUGAAGAGUCAACAACUCCGGGAAUCCGUACAAAGGAUUCCGGAAUAUGCCGGCAAACGGAUUCCACUUAGAGACGCAGUUGAGCAUCGCAAUGCACCGUUUUUCGGUGGCUUUACUCACGAAUCCAUCUGGCUCGAGCAACUGACCACGCCGAGCGUUCGACAAACUCAAAAUUCAGCUAACGUCGUCUGUCACUUCGAAUCCCGAGGUGUUUACAGACCUGACCCCUUUUCCUUAACUCCCGAGAGUAUACCAGUGAGAAAAUGCACCCAUCUCGUCUAUAACGCGGCUACUUUGGAUCCAAACGACCUAACUGUGGUUUCGGGCAAUCCGGAAUACGAUGAAAGCAAGGGUGGGUACAAACUGGCCGUGGAGCAAAAAAAGAAAAAUCCUUCGUUGCGAGUGCUCCUGUCGAUUGCCAUCCCGGACAACAGACAGCUGUUCAACGAGCUUACGAAAUCAUGGAUUUCGCUGAAGAAAUUCAGCCAGUCGAUACUGAAUUUCGUCGAAAAAAAUAAGUUCGACGGGAUCGCGAUCGAAUGGAAUCACAAAUCGAUGGAUCGUUUCAAAGGUCUGACGAGGGUGAUCUACGAGUCGCUGUCGCCGAAAGGAAAGCUCGUUGCGAUGAGCCUCGGACCGAAGGUCCUCGCCGAUCCCAAACUCGCUGAAAUGAGCGAUUUUCUCAUCCUCAAUUCUUGGCGAGCUUCAAACACGCGAACCGCUCUUCAUCCUGCACCAUUGAAUUUCGCGAUAUCAGCAACCAAUAAAUGGAUCGACGCUGGAGUUUCCGAGAAAAAAAUAGUCCUCGGUGUUCCUCUCUUCGGUGCAAGUUACACUCUUAAAUUCAAAAACUCCACGGACCUCGGUGCGCCAGUUUUGGGCCCCGGAAUCGAGGGCGAAUACACUAAAAAUCCGGGCUCCAUGGCUUAUUACGAGAUUUGCGAGAAGCUCGAAGACCUUUGGACUUACGGACGGGACAACGAGGGACCCUACGUCAAGCGAGGGGAUCAGUGGAUCGGGUACGACGAUCCCGUAUCUAUAAAACUCAAAGCAGCCUACGUCAAGUCAGCCGAACUUGCUGGAAUAUCAUUGAGCAGUCUGGAUCUCGAUGAUUUCGUGGGUGUCUGCGGCGAGCCCUGGCCGGUUUUGACGACAGCGACCGUGACCCUAGGUCGAGUCGACGAGGCGAUCGAGAAAUGUGAGAUUCCCGGCUUGUAUCCCGAUCCAGGCAACUGUGUCGGUUAUCUCUCGUGUGAAAAAGGCACGUUGUACCGAGGCUUAUGCAGCGACGGACGAUUCUUCGAUAAGUCAAGCAAGCUCUGCGUCGAAGCAGAUCCCAAAAUCUGCAUCCCCAGCCUCGAUCAUUCGGUGAGCCAGAAAAAACAGAAACUGAAAAUCUCAAGGUACGAACACGACGGUCCUCGCGUCGUAUGCUACGUCACUUCUUGGUCGAUGUACAGAAAAGGCGACGGCCAUUUUGCCCCGGAACAAUUGAACACGAAAAUGUGCACCGAUGUUGUCUAUUCGUUCGCGGGCUUGAAUCCUGAAACUCUGGAAAUACAAGCGUUCGAUCCUUGGGCCGAUAUCGAUAACAAUCUUUUCGAGCGAGUAACGUCUCUGAACGGACCUCGAACCCUCCUGGGAUUGGGCGGAUGGACCGACAGUUCCGGUGACAAAUAUUCACGUUUGGUGAACGAUCCGAGCGCGCGGAAGCAAUUCGUCGCGUCGACCGUGAAUUUCCUCCAGAAAUUCGGCUUCGAGGGUCUCUCCUUCGAAUGGCUUUAUCCAAAAUGUUGGCAAAGUCAAUGCUCCAAGGGACCGAUUACCGAUCGACCCAAUUUGACGAAGCUCUUACAAGAAUUGAGGAGAGAAUUCGACACUGCCAGGCCAAAACUCACACUCGCCGUCGCCGUUUCCGGUUACAAAGAAAUAAUCGACGUUGCCUACGAUUUUCCUCAAAUAUCUAACGCUGCCGAUUUCAUCUCGGUCAUGACUUACGACUAUCACGGAGCUUGGGAAAAACAGGUCGGACACUUGUCACCUUUGUACGGAACACCGGGCGAACGACACGCGUUUUACAAUACCAAUUUCACGAUGAAUUACAUCGCGAGUCUCGGAGCCUCGAAAUCGAAGCUUCUCGUCGGAGUUCCCUUUUACGGCCAAACGUAUCGUUUGGUAAGAAACGAUUUCUUCAAUCUCGGAGAUCCGGCAUCAGGCGCCGGAGCUUCCGGUGAAUUCACACAGCAACCAGGAAUGUUAGCCUACUACGAAAUAUGUGAUCGUAUAAAACGACAGAAUUGGAAAGUCGCCGAUGGACCGAUUGCCCAUCACCAAGAACAACUGGUAGCCUACGAGGACAUUUCGAGUGUCGAUCGCAAAGGACGUUGGAUUGUCGAGAACGGCUUCGGCGGAGCAACCGCUUGGACCGUUGAUCUUGAUGAUUUUACGAAUCGUUGCUGCUCGGGAGCUUUUCCAUUACUCAGAAGUCUAAGUUACGCGCUUGGCGUUCAAAACGAAGCUCCAUCUACAUAUGAAAACUGUCAGCGCCCACCCGAGCCAAUAACCCCUCCAGCUGCGACCUUGACAACUCCGAGCGAACUCGCUCUCGAUGGAGCAAAUGGCUCUUAUCAAACGACGAGUCCAAUGACUUCGCCAACAACGACGAAAGCAACGACGUGGCCAACCUGGACAGAAAAAACAACCAGGAAACCAGCCACCACGAGUUGGACGUGGACGAAACCCUCAACGACGACCACCAGAAAACCCACCACCACCACCAGAAUAACGACGACGACGACGACGACGACGACGACGACCAGAAGAACACCAACGGGAACGCCGUGCAAUGGAGUGCAGAACGUAGGGAAUCCAGAGAACUGCGGAAGCUACUUCAAAUGCGAUCGCGGUGUGCUGAAACUCGAGGAAUGUCCUGCAGGAUUGCACUGGGAUGAAUCUCGAGGGCGCUGCAACUGGCCGGCAUUGGCUAAAUGUCAACCAGGAAAUAUCGUAACAACACCACCGCCCACGAUCGCUGCCCAACGACCCACGGUUACGACAACUUCGAGGCCCUUCACGACUACCCGAUCGCCAACAACGACGACCCUCGUUCCAAGCAAGGAUUGCGAGCACGGACAGUACUACGCUUAUCCAAAUUCGUGCACGAACUUCCUUAUCUGCGUCAACGGAAAUCUCGUGACCCAACAGUGUGGGCCUGGGCUCAACUGGGACGACAAAAAACACAUGUGCGACUGGGCCUUCAAAAAUCCCUGCCAGCAUGUUCCAGCUCCAAACGCUGCACUCGUUAUGACAGAAAUGGAGGAAGAUGGCAAGUGCAUUCCCGGAAGCUUCAGUCGAGUGCCAGGCGAUUGUGGAAGUUAUUACACGUGCUUGUGGGGACAUGAGGAGAAGUUCGAAUGUGCGCCGGGUCUCCAUUUCAGUGAACAGGCGCGCAUAUGUGAUUGGCCAUCGCGAGCGAAGUGUCCGGAUGCUAAUCAGCAAACGGUCAGUCCUCCGCUCGAGACUGAAUCACCGAGCACACAGCAGCCGUUCACUUCCGAAAAACCGUGGACAGCUCAACCGACCCGCUACACGACCACGCACAAACCAUGGAUGCAGAAUCCAACGACUCAGAACCACGUGACCACACAAAAACCAACGACUCAUCAUUAUGUGACGACGCAAAAACCGACGACGCAUAAUCCCUGGAUUUGGACGGAAAAACCUAAACCGUUGCCACCGCCGUUAAUCGAUCCUGCCUUGGUCUCGCCGUUGUCCGGCCAUUUCAAGGUCGUUUGCUACUUCACCAACUGGGCUUGGUAUCGUAAAGGAAUCGGCCGAUAUGUCCCCGAAAAUAUCGACCACACACUGUGCACGCACAUCGUUUACGGAUUUGCAGUUUUGGAUUAUUCGAAUCUCGUUAUAAAGGCGCACGAUUCUUGGGCAGAUUUUGACAAUCGUUUCUACGAUCGAGUUCUGCAGUAUAAAAAGCGUGGACUCAAAGUCUCUUUGGCACUUGGUGGGUGGAACGAUUCUGCAGGCGACAAAUACAGCCGAUUGGUCAGCUCGCCCGAGGCAAGAGCAAAGUUCAUCGAGCAUGCUAUCAAAUUUUUGGACAAAUAUGGAUUCGAUGGUCUGGAUUUGGAUUGGGAAUAUCCGGUUUGCUGGCAGGUGGAUUGCAACAAGGGACCGAAAUCCGAUAAACAAAAUUUCGCAUCACUUCUGAAGGAAUUGAGCGAGCAAUUGAGACCCAGGGGACUGCUGUUGUCGUCGGCUGUAUCCCCGAGCAAAACAGUCGUAAACGAAGGUUAUGACGUUCCUGCACUCGCCAAAUAUUUGGACUGGAUUGCCGUCAUGGCUUACGAUUAUCAUGGACAGUGGGACAAAAAAACUGGCCAUGUCGCACCUCUUUUCUACCAUCCCGACGAUGACGUUUACUUCUUCAAUACUAAUUACACUAUCAAUUACUGGAUAUCCAAGGGAGCUCCGCCGAGGUCCAUAGUUUUGGGAAUGCCCAUGUACGGACAGUCCUUCACAAUCAACGAUCCAAAAUCCGGUACGGGUUUGAAUUCACCAGCGAGUGCCGGAACCGCCGGUGAAUUUACAAAAGCAAUGGGCUUUCUGGCAUACUACGAAAUAUGCGACAGAAUUCAAAAUCAUGGCUGGACAGUCGUCCAAGAUCCGGAAGGAAGAAUCGGACCUUAUGCUUACAAGGGAAGCCAAUGGGUGAGCUUCGACGAUGUCGAUAUGAUACGCAAGAAGUCUCAAUACAUCAGAGACAUGGGUCUCGGUGGAGGAAUGAUCUGGGCUCUCGAUCUCGACGAUUUCAAAAAUCGGUGCAAGGGUGGAGCUCAUCCGUUGUUGCACGCGAUACAGCAAGUAUUGGCAGAUCCGCCGAAUGAUCGUGACAAUCCAAUAGUACCACCAGCUGUGGGUGAACAACUCGAAUGGAAAGUACCGUCGACAUCAACGGAUACAUCGGUAAGCGAAAUCCUGAACCAGCCAGGAGUCGGCGUGACUAAUAAGAACGACGAGUACAAAAUGGUCUGUUACUUCACGAACUGGGCUUGGUAUCGUCAAAACGGAGGACGUUACGUUCCCGAGGACAUCGAUCCCGAUCUGUGUACCCACAUUGUCUACGGAUUUGCGGUACUGGAUGGUUCGCAGUUAACGAUCAAAACUCACGAUUCUUGGGCCGACAUUGACAACAAAUUUUAUGAAAGAGUGGUGGCCUACAAAGCGAAAGGAAUAAAGGUUCUAUUGGCAAUCGGUGGAUGGAACGAUUCGGCGGGUGACAAAUACAGUCGUUUGGUCAAUUCGGCUUCGUCGAGAGCGCGAUUCAUCAGUCACGUUGUGCAAUUCAUCGAAAAAUACGGAUUCGAAGGAUUGGAUCUUGACUGGGAGUAUCCAGUUUGCUGGCAGGUCGAAUGCAGCAAAGGACCGCCGAGUGACAAACACUCGUUCACUUUAUUCGUCAAAGAGCUCAGUGAGACUUUCAAGCCCAAAGGGCUUUUACUCUCAACCGCAGUUUCACCAAGCAAACGAGUCAUAGAUGCGGGUUACGAAGUUGCUGAGCUGUCUCAUUACUUCGACUGGAUUUCCGUAAUGACCUAUGAUUUCCAUGGUCAAUGGGACAAGAAAACUGGUCACGUCGCGCCUCUUUAUCAUCAUCCCCAAGAUUGGGAACCAACCUUCAAUGCUAACUUCUCCAUUCGUUAUUGGAUCGAGAAAGGUGCGUCUCCGAAAAAGCUGGUCAUGGGUGUUCCACUUUACGGACAAUCGUUCAGUCUCGCUGAGAGAAGUCAACAAGGCUUGAACGCUCCAACAUAUGGCGGCGGGGAAGCUGGCGAAGCAACGAGAGCGCGUGGAUUUUUGUCCUAUUACGAAAUUUGUGAAAGAACUUUGAUGCACGGUUGGACGGUGGUGCAAGAUGCCGAAAGACGAAUGGGCCCGUACGCUUACAAGGGCGACCAAUGGGUCAGUUUCGACGACGCUGAACAAGUGAAACUAAAAGCUGAAUUCAUCAAAAAAAUGGGUCUCGGUGGUGGAAUGGUUUGGGCAUUGGAUCUCGAUGAUUUCAAAAACUAUUGCGGUUGCGAGCCGCAUCCUCUGCUCAGAACUUUGAACAGAGUAUUGAGAAAUUAUCCGGCAGGUCCUACUUGUCGGGUCACCGAGAAAAUCUCGGGCGGAAUUUUGCCGGAAACAACAACGCACUAUCCGUGGCAUGAAACAACGGAAAGCGUAAACAAAAUCACGACUCCCGGAACAUCGUACUUGCCUCCGAUAACGACAACGCAAAUAAUCGAUUCUAUCGACACGAUCGAAGUGACGUCGGGUGGUGCUCCACCUGCGAAACCCUCGAGCGGUGAAUGCGACGGAAGAAUGUUCCGACCUCACGAACACGAUUGCUCGAAAUAUACAAUUUGCAAUUUCGGCGAACUGCUUGUGCAAACCUGUCCCAGCGGUCUCCACUGGAACGAGGAUAGGUGCGAUUGGCCGGAAAAUGCAAAGUGCAAAAUUUCGACGAAUCAAAUUGGAGAGACCAAUUCCAUACCACACGAAACACAGAGACCGGAAAUACCGGUUCACACAGAGCUUCCAACUGUCGAAGAGACGACAUCCGGUCACGUUGAUCACGUUGGCUUGAUCGAUUCAUCGAGUCGACCCGAAAGCACGAAGGUCGUUUGUUACUUCACAAACUGGGCAGUUUAUCGGCCCGGAAAAGGAAAGUAUACGCCAGAAAACAUUGAUCCGAGUUUGUGUACGCACAUAGUCUACGGGUUUGCGGUCCUCGACGGCAACGAUUUGGUGAUGAAACCGCACGACACCGGGGCCGAUAUCGAUAACGAUUUUUACGGAAAAAUCGCUGCGUACAGAGCUAAAGGAAUCAAAGUUCUCAUUGCGAUCGGCGGAUGGAACGAUUCAGCGGGGGACAAGUACAGUCGUUUAGUUAACAAUCAAAGUGCCAGGAAAAAGUUCAUCAAACACGCUCUUGCAUUCAUUGAGAAAUAUGGUUUUGACGGACUUGAUCUCGACUGGGAGUAUCCCGUCUGCUGGCAGGUUGAAUGUGAACGUGGCCCAUCUUCGGACAAGCAAGCGUACGCUACGUUUGUGAAGGAAUUGAGUAGGGAAUUAAAGCCAAGAAAGAUGCUCCUUUCGGCUGCCGUCUCGCCGAGCAAGCGCGUCAUCGACCACGGUUACGACGUGCCCACCCUCGGAAAAUAUCUUGACUGGAUCGCCGUAAUGACCUAUGACUUCCACGGCAAUUGGGAAAGAAAGACUGGCCACGUUGCUCCGCUGAAUUACUAUCCAGGCGACGAGUACGAUUAUUUCAACGCCAAUUUCUCCAUGAGGUAUUGGAUCCAAAAGGGAGCACCGGCUUCGCGGCUUGUUAUGGGAAUUCCAUUUUACGGACAAAGCUUUACACUCUCCAGCACUUGGAACCCGGGUCUUCAAUCUCCAACCUCCGGCCCAGGGGAGGCUGGAAAAUUCACCAGAUCCGCUGGUUUCCUCGCAUUUUACGAGAUAUGUGACAAAGUGAAAAAUGAAGGAUACACGGUAACGAAGGAUCCGCAACGUCGUAUCGGGCCUUAUGCCAUGCGUGAUAGGCAAUGGGUCAGCUACGACGAUGUAACAAACGUGUUCAAAAAGGGCGAAUUCAUCCACGAACUUGGCCUCGCAGGUGCAAUGGCUUGGGCAUUGGAUUUAGACGAUUUCAAUGACAAUUGCGGAUGCGGAAAGUAUCCGCUUCUGAAAGCAUUGAACCACGGGGUUCGGGGAGAGCAAAUUUUCUCAAAAGAUUGCACAUAGUCGACAGGAUUGUCGAGUUUCUGUAGCGCAUCAAACUUCCUACCAAUUUGCCACAUAGUUUUAUAUAACCGUAAGAUUUAACGAUAAUCGCGUAAUUUUUCAAGAAUUACGAUAAUGGAUAAGAAUAAAAUGGCGAAAAGUCUUAUACUGUCGAAAAAUGAGACUCUUCCGGAUGACGCGAUUGUAGAAUUUUCGAAUCACCAAAUAUUAUCACAUCUUCCUUAGGAAAAAUGAAUUUCUGUCUACAAAAAAAAUGACGCUGAAGUUUGCAACGUUCGGGUCCAACGAAAUGAACGAAAAAAACAUUCUUAAUUCGCCAAUAUUUUAUUUCACGAAGUAUCGGUGGAGAAUGAAAAACUACGAAUUGCAAAUUCGGCUGGGAACGAAAUUGGAGAAUCGUUUUCGUUCGUUUCGUUGCAAACUUCAGCGUCGUAAAAAAAAAGACAUUUUUUAUUACUGUGAAUACUGAAAAUAUCUUUCGUUCCACAUUCUUACGAUGCUUCUAUGAUUGAGGAAUGCGGAAGAUAUAUUCUCGCUUUUAAAAGCGAUAUUAAAAAAAAUAUUGAAUUUUGAGAAGAUAGUAUCGACGAGAAUCGCUUUCGUACAAGCCACCAUCGGUUCACCGUUGCUAAAUCGAUGAUCAUUAAUUUGACACGUCCGUUUGUAUUCAGGCGAAAUGAUUUUUCAUGAGUUUCGGUUUGACGUCGUCGCGUCAUCUGCGAAGACUCGAUUUACGAUAUAAUUAGUGUCAGCGUUGAGAUAAUACUCGUCUAUUUCUGUAUUUCAUUCAUUGAGUUGAAAUAAAAUAAAUGAAAAGUAACGUUGAA